AAUUCAUUGGCGUACCAUAACUAACUUAUUUUAGACUUUUCUUAGUGGCAUCGGAGUCAUCCUGCUUCCUGUAUCCUCUUUGCCACAAACCGACAGAUUGUACACAAUCAUCAUGGCGACGCAGGAUGGAGAUGAAGGAGCCGUAAUGGACACUGAGACUGAGGCAAAGCCAACAGAAGCAGAGGCAUUUGGUGAAAAUGUGGAAAAGGCCGAUGCAGAAUCUACAUCUCUCACAGAUGCAGGAAAUGCCACAACUCAGGACUCUAGUAUUAGCAAUGGCGACGACGCAGACGACAAGCAGGAGACGGUGGACUUGAAGAUUAUCUGGAACAAGAACAAAUACGACCUGAAAAUUCCUGUCGACAGUACCGGAGCCAAGCUAAAAGAGAGGAUCCAUGCACUCACUGGUCUUCCACCAGCAAUGCAGAAAGUGAUGUACAAAGGACUGCUUCCAGAGGAUAAGACGCUACGUGACAUAAAGGUUACAAACGGGGCAAAAAUAAUGGUGGUCGGAUCUACAAUAAAUGAUGUAUUAGCUGUAAACACACCGAAAGAGGUUAUUCAGCAGGAAGUUAAAGCCGAGGAAAACAAGAAAGAGCCCUUAUGCAGGCAAAAGCAACACAGGAAAGUACUGGACAAAGGUAAACCAGAAGAUAUAAUGCCAUCUAUCAAAGGAACAAAGGAACGAUUACCAACAGUGCCUUUAUCCGGAAUGUUUAACAAAUCCGGAGGAAAAGUAAGACUCACAUUCAAACUGGAGCAAGAUCAGUUGUGGAUCGGAACAAAAGAGAGAACAGAGAAAGUUCCAAUGGGCUCUAUUAAAAAUGUAGUGUCCGAACCCAUCGAAGGCCAUGAGGACUAUCACAUGAUGCAAUGGGAGCGCCUUGUGCAAGCAGCAGUCACAGGAUUCCGACGUGAGUUAAACUUUUAUUAUUCAAAGAUUUACCAAAAGGAAGAAACAUUUACACUAUAAAGCAAAAUUAACAAACAUGACAUAAAGUAGUGAUUGUCAGACAUUAUUUUGUAUCAUUUAUAUUCAUAAAAAAGGUGUAGAUACAUAAAAUAUUAGAAUUUUCAUUAAGACAAACCUGAGCUAGAAAUAAUGUAGAGUAUAAUAUAAAACAAGAGGAUAUAAACGUUUAACCAUAACACUGGACUAGGUGCAACUAUGUAGUGAAACAAAGCCCAAAGAGACAACUGAUAACAUUC